CAAAUACAUCACAUCAUUGCCAUUGCUCUCUCUCUCUCUCUCUCUCUCUCUCUCUCGUGCGGACACAAGUACUGUUCCGUCAAACCCUUAUUCAUCAAUUUCGUCUUUCCCUAUUUUAUAUAUCGCUGCUGCUGCUGCUGAUUAUGAUUAUGUUUUUGAUGGGGAUAUACCUCAGCACUCCCAAAACAGAGAAGGCCUCUGAAGAUGGUGAGAACGACAAGCUUCGCUUCGGUUUGUCUUCCAUGCAGGGCUGGCGUGCUUCCAUGGAAGAUGCUCAUGCAGCUCAUCCAUAUUUGGACGAGUCUACGUCAUACUUUGGUGUUUAUGAUGGCCAUGGAGGCAAAGCAGUUUCAAAAUUCUGUGCCAAGUAUCUACACCAGCAGGUGCUUAAGAGUGAAGCUUACUUAGCUGGAGAUUUAGGCACAUCUUUACAGAAAUCUUUUCUCAGAAUGGAUGAGAUGAUGCGUGGACAAAGAGGGUGGAGAGAAUUAGCAGUCUUGGGGGAUAAAAUAGAAAAGUUGUCUGGUAUGCUAGAAGGCUUUAUAUGGUCUCCCAGGAGUAGUGAAGCCAAUGACCGUGUCAAUGAUUGGGCUUUUGAGGAGGGGCCCCAUUCUGAUUUUACUGGACCAAACUCUGGAAGCACAGCUUGUGUGGCUGUCAUCCGAGGAAACAAACUUGUUGUUGCUAAUGCUGGAGAUUCUAGAUGUGUCUUAUCAAGGAAAGGCCAGGCACACAAUUUGUCCAAGGACCACAAGCCUGAACUUGAGGCUGAGAAAGACAGGAUUCUGAAAGCUGGUGGUUUCAUCCAAGUUGGACGGGUCAAUGGAAGUUUAAACUUGGCUAGAGCAAUUGGAGAUAUGGAAUUCAAGCAGAAUAAGUAUUUGCCUGUUGAAAAGCAGAUUGUAACUGCUGAUCCGGACAUAACUUCAGUUGAGCUUUGUGAUGAUGACGAGUUUCUUGUAAUAGCUUGUGAUGGAAUAUGGGAUUGUAUGUCUAGCCAACAGCUUGUGGACUUCAUACAUCAACAGUUAAAGACUGAGAAUAAACUUUCUGCGGUUUGUGAGAAAGUAUUUGAUAGGUGUUUGGCACCAACAGCUGGUGGUGAGGGAUGUGAUAACAUGACCAUGAUCUUGAUUCAGUUCAAAAAACCUUCCAGCAGCCCAGAUGCAUCAUCUGUCACGAACCAGCCUCAAUCGUCUGCUCAACCAUCUGAAGCUGAUAGAAGUUCAGAGACAAUAGAAUCGAAGUGAGAGAAUUUCGGACCUGACUUGAUGGUCAUCAAUUUCUUACUGCAUGUUGAAGCAUUGGUGAGCUGAGGUUCUUGCCUUCUUGGGUACUAUUUUAUAUCCAGAUUUCAGGAUGUUAAUUGUCAAUAGGGGAUUGCAAAUUUGUGAAAAACUAAUUCAUGGGACUAGUAUUGGCUUUGUACACAAGUGUGGGUGUUCAGAAUAUGAAGGAACAAAAAAAAUUCAGCAAGCAUACUGAUGUACACCGAAUGACUAAAAUUACCUUUUGGAAGCUUACCUAUGCCAAUAUAAGUGCUGACCGGAAGAAUGUGUAGAAACUAGAAAGAACAUGUAGUAUACUGGAGUUAUAUUCAUGAUCCAUAAUUAGUAGCAGUUCCAAAGACCACCCCUUUAUGGGUUGGUGCACCCGUGAUGUCUUGUUAUUAUUGUUAAAUUUCUCUCUUUUUUGGAAAUUAUAAAUCCUCGUUGAUUUA